AUGUAUCGAGUUAAUAAUCUUCUUCAAACAUCCUAUUGUGUUCGUUCAACAUUUGCUUCAUGCAAACGUUUAUUAUCAUCGAAAGCUAAUGAUAAAAAACAAGACAAAAAAUAUCAAGUUCGAAAGAUUAAUAAACUUCUUGUUGCAAAUCGUGGUGAAAUUGCAAUUCGUGUAUUUCGUGCUUGUACGGAAAAUAAUAUUCGUACAGUUGCUAUUUAUUCAGCUGAAGACGAAGGACAAUUGCAUCGAAUUAAAGCUGAUGAGUCAUUUAAAAUUGGAAAAGGCUUAGCACCAAUUGCAGCUUAUUUAAAUAUUCCAGAAAUCAUUAAAGUUGCUGUAAAAAAUGAUGUUGAUGCUAUUCAUCCAGGUUAUGGUUUUCUAUCAGAGAAUGGAGAUUUUGCUAAAGCAUGUGUUGAAGCUGGCAUUUCAUUUGUCGGUCCAACGCAUGAUGUUAUUUAUCGAAUGGGUGAUAAGUUAAAUGCACGACAAGCAGCUAUUGAUGCUAAAGUACCAGUCAUUCCUGGUACAACUGAAGCUGUGGCCAAUCUUGAUGGUGUACGCGAAUUUGUCAAAGAACAUGGCUAUCCAAUAAUGUUGAAAGCCGCACGCGGUGGCGGUGGUCGUGGUAUGCGUGUAGCAAGAAGUGAAAGCGAAUUAGAAGAAGCAUUUCAACGUGCUUCAUCGGAAGCUCUAGCAGCUGUUGGUGAUGGACGUUUAUUUGUUGAACGUCUAGUUUCACAAGCAAGACAUAUCGAAGUACAAAUUAUUGGUGAUCAUUUUGGACAAGUUGUACAUUUAUUUGAAAGAGAUUGUUCGGUACAACGACGUCAUCAAAAAGUUAUUGAAGUCGCACCAGCAACUAAUUUAGAUCCAGUUAUUCGAGAUCGUAUGACUGCCGAUGCUGUACGCAUAGCUAAAUAUGUUGGUUAUCAAAAUGCUGGAACAGUUGAAUUUUUACUUGAUAAUCAAGGUCGACAUUAUUUCAUAGAAGUUAAUUGCCGUUUACAAGUAGAACAUACAUGUUCAGAAGAAAUAACAGGCAUUGAUAUUGUACAAUCACAAAUUAAAAUUGCCGAAGGUAAACCAUUAGCUGAUUUGGGUCUUGAACAAGAUAAAAUUAAACUUAUGGGUGCUGCUGUACAAUGUCGAAUGACAACAGAAGAUCCAGCCAAUAAUUUUACACCUGAUGUUGGAAGAAUUGAUGUUUUUCGUUCAGCUGAAGGAUUUGGUAUUCGUAUUGAUAGUGCGUCGGCUUACACUGAUGCUGUUAUCAGUCCAUUUUACGAUUCACUCUUGGUUAAAGUUAUUGCACAUUCACGUAAUCAUCAAGAGGCAUGUGCUAAAAUGGUUCGUGCACUGAAGGAAUUUCGUAUUCGAGGCGUUAAAACAAAUAUUCCUUUUUUACUCAACGUUCUUCAACAUGAACAAUUUCUUCAAGGCUCAUUAACGACGAGUUUCAUAGAUGAAAAUCCAAAUCUAUUUAAAUUUUUACCAACACAAAAUCGUGCACAAAAAUUACUUAACUAUAUAUCAGAAGUAUUAGUUAAUGGGCCAUUAACACCUUUAGGUACAGAUGUAAAACCAAUGAAAAUCAAACCUGAACUUCCACAUGUUAAAAAGAAAGAAAUUCCUAAUGGUUGGCGUCAAGUUUUAUUACAAGCAGGUCCAACAGGUUUUGCUAAGGCUGUUCGUAAACAUCCACAAGCUUUAAUUAUGGAUACAACAAUGCGUGAUGCUCAUCAAAGUUUAUUAGCAACACGUGUACGAACACGCGAUUUAAAAAAAUCAGCGCCAUUUGUUGCUAAAAAUUUCUCAAAAUUCUUUAGUGUAGAAAAUUGGGGAGGUGCUACAUUUGAUGUUGCUCUUCGUUUUCUUCAUGAAUGUCCAUGGGAUCGUUUAAGUGAAUUACGAGAACUUAUGCCUAAUAUUCCAUUUCAAAUGUUAUUACGUGGUGCGAAUGCUGUAGGCUAUUCAAACUAUCCCGAUAAUGUGAUUGAUUCAUUUUGUCAAAUGGCUGUUAAUCAUGGAAUGGAUAUAUUUCGCGUAUUUGAUUCAUUGAACUAUUUACCAAAUAUGAAAGUUGGCAUUGAAGCUGUUGGAAAAGCUAAUGGUGUUAUAUCAGCCGCUGUUUGUUAUACAGGUGAUGUUGCUGAUACAUCACGAACGAAAUAUAAUUUAGAUUAUUAUAUGAAAUAUGUUGAUGAACUUGUUAAAAUGGGUACACAUAUCCUGUCGGUCAAAGAUAUGGCUGGCCUUCUUAAACCACGAGCAACUACAAUGUUAAUUGAUGCUAUUCGACAAAAAUAUCCAGAUUUACCAAUACAUUUACAUACACAUGAUACAGCUGGAACUGGUAUUGCUAACUAUAUAGCUGCACUUGAAGCUGGCGUUGACGUUGUCGAUGUAACUGUUGAUUCAUUGAGUGGUAUGACAUCACAACCAACUAUGGGUGGCCUUGUUGCUGCAUUACAAAAUACAAAAUAUGAUACUGGUAUAAAUUUGGAACGUGUGAAUGAAUAUUCAGCAUUUUGGGAACAAACACGUUUACUCUAUGCUCCAUUUGAAUGUACAACAACGAUGAAAAGUGGUAAUGCUGAUGUUUACAAAAACGAAAUACCCGGUGGACAAUAUACAAAUUUACAAUUUCAAGCAUUUAGUCUUGGUCUUGGUUCACAAUUCGAAAAUGUUAAACAAUCAUACAUCGAAGCAAAUCAACUUUUAGGUGAUAUUAUUAAAGUAACACCGUCAUCAAAAGUUGUUGGCGAUCUUGCACAAUUUAUGGUACAAAAUAAUUUAACAGCUAAAGAUGUACGUGAACGUGGUGAUGAACUUUCAUUUCCAUCAAGUGUUGUAGAAUUUAUGCAAGGUCAACUUGGCCAACCUCAUGGAGGAUUUCCUGAACCACUUCGUACACAAAUAUUGAAAGGAAAGAAAAAAAUCGAUGGCCGCCCAGGUGCCGAUUCAAAACCAUUAGAUUUCGAUAAGAUUGAACAAGAAUUAAGAAAAAAAUUUGGUGAUGAUAUUAUACGCAAAUGUGAUGUUAUGUCAUAUGUUAUGUUUCCAAAAGUACUUGAAGAAUAUAUUGACUUUAAACAACAAUAUGGUCCUGUUGAUCUUUAUCCAACACGAAUAUUCUUUGUUGGACCUGAAUUGAAUGAAAUGAUAGAUAUUGAAAUUGAACAUGGAAAAGUUCUUCAUAUUGUUGUAUUAGCUAUAAGUGAAUUAAUGGUUGCAACAGGUGAACGUGAAGUAUUCUUUCAAGUUAAUGGGCAAUUACGUUCGAUGAAAGUCAAAGACAAAGCAGCUAUUAAAGAUCAAAAAUUUCAUCCAAAAGUUGAUAAGAGUAAAGCGAAUCAAAUCGGUGCACCCAUGCCAGGUCAAGUAUUAGACGUUAAAAUCAAGGAAGGUGAUUCAAUAAAGAAAGGUGACACAGUAGUUGUUCUAAGUGCUAUGAAGAUGGAAACCGUAGUAAAGAGUGCAGUCGAAGGCAAAGUAAAGAAAAUUCAUGUUAGAGUUGGUCAACAAAUACAAGGUGAUGAUUUAGUUGUCGAACUCGAGUAG